ACGUUCUCUCUCGACUCCAACAGUUAUUCUGUGCAACACUCUACCCAUUCUUGAUGCUCCCUGCUACCUCUGUGCCUGGUUUAAAGCAAAGAAGGCUCGGACGCAGCUGUGAUGUCUGCAGAACCAGAAAGAGUUAGAGGCGCAGCCACGAUCCUCGAUUGCUUCAGCCUCAAGCUGAUACUUACUAGUCCGCUGCGAUGGCUCCCAAGCAUCAGAUGGGAAAUGCUCCCAUUGUAUAACGUUCGGUUUCGAUUGCACGUACCUGCAACCUUCCAUGAAGAGAGGUCCCAAGGACAAGCUAGUGGAAGAACUCAGAAAAGAGGUUGCGUCCCUCGAAGCCCGCUUGCGCUCUCUUUCGAUCUGCUCGCUCUGUUCUCGAGCCUUGGGCAGUAUCCACACUCCGGAAUCAUUAGCUUCUCCGAUAAGUUAUACACUACAUCAAGUCGAUUCCGAUUCGGAUUCCAGCAAAGAGCCACAUGUCGAAAAAGACUUCACGGGAGCAGAACUGGUGGAACGCAUGUCUCAGUUCUCCAUCUCGGCAGCCUUGAAGAACAAAUUCUAUGGCUCUGCCUCCACAUUUGCUCUCGCCAACUCAGCGAUGGCGGCCAAAGAGAAAAUUACGGGGCAGCCGAUACAACAAAAGAUGCGCCGGUCCGAAUUCUGGGAACCUUAUCCGUGGGAACAAAUUCUCUACUCCGAAAAACCACAGUACAUUUUCCCCGAGAAAGAUCUUUUGUAUUCUCUUAUUCAGCGAUACUUUGAAGCUGUCCAUCCAACCUUCCCGCUGAUACAUCGCCCAUCCUUCGAGCUUUGCGUUGCUGAAGGAAUGCAUUUCGCGAAUCCACAAUUUGGGAGUCUUCUAUUGGCGCUUCUGGGUGUUGCAUCGCGGCAUUUGGACGACCCCCGCGUUCUACUGCCCGAAGGAUCCGGACAUUCUGCUGGUUGGAAAUUCGUUUCGCAGGUCAGAAUUGGACAACGAAUGUGGGAUCCGAGCAUUUUCGAUGCUCAGUUCUUCGCUCUGAUGUGUGUUUACGCGCUUGGAACUUCGACCCCACAGACAUGUUGGCUUUAUCUAGGCAUGUCCAUACGAUACCUACAACAUCUUGGAGAACACCGGCGUAAACGUUCCGAGAAGCCGACCGAGGAAACUGAAAUCUGCAACCGAACGUUCUGGGCGGUGCUGUGCCUUGACCGAACGAUUGGUGCUUUCAUCGGCAGGCCUCUGGGUCUCCAUCCUGAAGAAUACGACGCGGAUUUACCAUUGGAGGUCGAUGAUGAAUAUUGGCAGCAUGAUUUUGCCCAGCCACCUAACGCCCCGGCUUCGAUCACUUUCUUCAUCCACUAUAUUCAGCUUUGCGAGAUUUUGGGCGAUGCCUUACGGCGCUUAUAUGCAUCUCGCAAGUGCAAGUUGAUGAUGGGAUGGAAAAGUGCCAAAUGGGAUGAAGAGGUCGCUGUUUCGCUGGAUUCACGAAUGAAUCAAUGGCUUGAUGGACUUCCAAGUCACCUCCGUUGGAGAGCUGACCAAUAUGUUGGCGAGGCAACCGCCUUUGACCAAUGCUCGGUGCUCUAUACAGCGUACAACUUUGUCCAGAUAAUGAUCCAUAGACCAUUUAUUCAAAAAGACAACUCGCUGGCAAGCCCCUCUCUGGCUAUCUGUGUUGGUGCAGCUCGUUGUAUCAUCCAAGCGAUUGCUAUCUGGGUGCCACGACGUCAGCUCAUAUUGCCUCAUCAUCUCCUGAAUCCACUGAUCGUUGCGGCUUUGGUAUUAUGCAAGAAUAUAUUCGGUGCCAUGAAACGCUCGGGAAGUCCAAUAGCCAAGGACUUCGAGCUUGUUGAGACAGCCCAGGCCAUUUUGAAGUCGGCCGAAGCAAGAUGGCAAUCUGCAGGAAGAUUGUGGGAAAUAUUGGAGACACUCAAACCAGGCAGUCGCAGAUCGUCAGCAGCUGGGAAUGGGGAAAUCGAACCCGUUCAUAGCUCUGAGACAAUUCGGCGGGAAUCCCACAGAUCGGCACCACCUGUUGUUCCCACUCUGCAGCAACUGGAAGAUGGGAUCCUGAUGGAUGAGAUUAGAAUGAAUGAAGCGACGUUGGACGAUAAUUUUAUGGCUAUGUGGUUGAGCGCAGACUCGAUGUGUGUGCUCGGCCUUCCGUGGUUUUCACUCACAAGCUCACGCUUGCCAGGGACUUUGAUCAAUGGAACAGCUUUGUCGGGGACGGCCCGACUAUAGGAAUGUGGUGACGUUGAGAUUAGAUAUGAUUAGAUAUGCGGCAUGUACGAUAAAGAGCGGUCAAUGACUCUACUCC